CAGCCUGGUGGACACACACUUCAGCCCCUGAACUUGUCGAUCCUUGAACCACCAUCAUGGACCUGGACCCGGCCGUCAUCAUCCCCGCCAUCCUCUUCACCGUCGUGGCCAUUUAUUUCGCCUCGUCGCUCCUGAGCAAGAAGCCCGACGCCUCCUCCUCCUCCUCAGCCGGGAACAAGAAGCCCAAAGUCGGCUACGGAGACGACAUCCCCCCGUCCAGAGCUCUGGGUGAACCGCUCCGACCCGCGCCCGAAGCCUCCCCGCGCCCAGAGCCUCCAGCUCCGGCUGUGGAGGACAUCGGAGCGGCUGAGAAGAUCCAGGACUCACAUGAGAAGGCUGUUCUAGAAACCGUGUCAACCCCAGAACCAGCCCCUGAACCUGUCCCAGAACCAGUAAAGGCACCAGAACCAGUCCCUGAACCUGUCCCAGAACCAGUAAAGGCUCCAGAACCUAUCCCAGAACCAUUGAAAGCACCAGAACCAGUCAAAGAACCAGAAACUGUCCCAGAACCAGUAAAGGCACCAGAACCUUCCCCAGAACUGGUAAAAGUACCAGAGACAGUCCCAGAACCAGAGACUGUUCCAGAACCAGUUGCAGUACAGGAACUAGCUGCUGCACCAGAACAUAUCCCAGAGCCAGAACCUGUAACAGAGCCAGUGUCUGUACCUGAACCUGUCCCAGAACCAGUAUCUGUACCUGAACCUGUCCCAGAACCAGCAUCUGUACCUGAACCUGUUCCAGAACCAGUAUCCGUUACUGAACCUGUCCCAGAAGCUGAUCCAGAGCCUGUGGCUAAGUCUGAACCGGAAUCAGAAGCAGUCCAGCAGUCUGUGACUGAACCUGAUGUAGAGGCAUCACCUGACCCUGAACCGGAACCAGAACCGGAGACCAUCCUGAACAAUGACGUGGCUGCAGCUGAAGACCAGGUGAAGUUCACUCCAGGAAAGAAACAGAGCAAGUUUGAGACGCUGAUGACGAAGGAGGAGAUCGAGGAGGAGCAGAGGGUGCAACAGGAGCAGCUGGCAGCCAUCUUCCUGCUGCUGAGGGAGAACCAGGAGGUGCUGGGGGAGGUGACGGAGGGAGACAUGGAGGAGCAGCUGAAGCUCUACUCCCUCUGAGACGCCGUCCGUCCUGUCAGUUAUCACAGCGACACUGACUCACAAAACCUGAAUGUAAAAUAUUGCAAACUGAAAGUUUUCGACUCGUUUCAGUGGAAAUGUUUUGUUUUCUGUCCUGUUCGCUCUGCAAACUAAACAUCUGACUGCAGUCCUCUGAUCAGUGUUCAAUGAAAUCGAUGUUAUUGAUCAGGCUUUAGAUGAGAGAUUACAGUUCUUAUUUCUUUAGUACUUAUGGGGAAUCAAUAAAUCACACGUAGGGUUUGUUAUAUUGUUUCAUGAUGGCAGGUUCAGUGUAUUAUUACUGUGAAUCAAACACUUGUGACACUUUAAAGCUGUGCUAUACUUAUUUUACUUUGGGAAACUUUUUCUACUGUAAAAACUCUUUUUAAAAAAUGAUUAAAGCUGCUUAAACCUGCACCUCAGAGGCAGCGGAUGUACCUCCGGCUGUUGCUUUAAGAGCUUUAAAAUGACAACAAACCUGAUAUGAGCUGAACCCAGAUCAGAUCUUCUGUCCUGUCAUAUCAUCAGAUCAUUAAGGGACAUUUAUUGGGCAGACAGGACAGGAGUCCAGCUGUGUGUCUUAUUUUAUAUCACAGUUUGUUUCACAGCUGAAUUCUCAGCCUGAACUCAUCAUUAUUCCAUCACAGCAUUCGGUGUAUCUGCAGCAGCUGUUUGUAGCUCAGCGUUAGCCUCGAGCUAACGUCACUGUUCACUACGUUUAGUUUUGUCAUCGGUAAAUUAAAAAAGCUCACUAACUACUUCAUAAACACUAGUCAAAAAUAUUAACAGCAACUAACUGCAGCUGUAACUACUGUGUAGCUAAAUGACAAAGCUAACAUUAGCAUGCUAAUGUCUGACCUGUUUAGAGUAAAACAGGUAAUCUGGAGUGCAGUCGACAUUAAUAAAUAUUCACUGUGCAUGAUUUUAAGUUACAUUUCACUAAAAUAACCCAAUACACCCAAAUUAUGAAACAUAAUACUGUUAUUAACAUUUAACUAAAUUAGUUAGCUUAGCAUAAUCAGAUAUGCCCCUCUCAUUAUAAACUGUAUGAACACUACUGACUCUGAAACACACAAAUAAAAUAAAAAAUAAUAUCUACAUUUACAAUGAUUCAGUUUUUAGCCUCUAAAUCAUUUUAGGAAGUUCUGCUAGCUUGUGAGGCUGCGGUGACUUCCUGGUUACAUAGUUGGCUGCUUCUGAUUGGACAGCGCUACAGAUGUUUCCGAGCAACCAGUUUCUACAGUUCUGGAUUUCUUCUUCAGGUUUGAAGAAGAUGUUUGAUGAAGACGUCUUCAUCCUGCCACCACAGCUCUGCUCAUCCUCUUCCUCAGGUUCUGCAGUCAGAGCCGAACUUCACGGCCAGCGAACACGAUUUUACUGAAAGACGAGUUAUUUCAAACAGUUAGAAAAUUAAGUCAAGUGGAGAUUUAUGAUUUUAUAUAUUCUAUAUUUACACCAUAUAAUCACUUAACAACUUUUCACUGUUUUUAAUAUCAUAUUCAGACUUUUCUCUCACAAUAAAACAAUUUUAUCUGGAAUAUUAAUACAUGUAUUAAUAUUAAUUUUAUUAAUUUUAUACUUUUAUUCUCAAAAUAUAUCAACCAAAAAGUUAAGACUUUUUAUUAUUAGUACUUUAUCAUAUUACUUUUUUUGCUGAAUUUUUUCUGGAAAUAUCAGGAUUUUCUUUUCUUCAAAUGUUUUAAUAUUCUUAAAAUAUUUCUUGAAGAAUAAUUCUCAACAUAUUUCUUUGUUAUCACAAUAUUUCUGAUUUAUUCUGUAGAUUUAUUGGCUCUAACAUGUCGCCAUAGUUCUGUUUCAGAGAAUAGUCGUAGAAGAACCUCUGAGGGUCACUGGCUUGUUUAGGACCGGGGCGUGCUGCAUUAUGGGUAAUGUAGUGUUUCAGCUGAUGUUUAUUGGCUCUGUGUGUUUUUUAGAUAAUCCAACAGUUGAGGCUGAUUUUGAUUUUAAAUGAACUGUAAAGACUUUUUCAUGACA